UGAACUGUCAGAAUUUUCUAAGCAGAGGACCGACAACGAUACGUAUAAUAAUUAAAGAAAAAAUGAGUGAAAAUAGGAAGGAUGUGCCACAACAAGGUGCGGGCUUAGUUCCACCUCUCGUUGACCAGGAUAAUGACGAAGAUGCAGCUGGUGCUGAGUUGGAGACUUCUUCCGAGAGCUCGGACCAUGAGUCGACAGCUUCUGUGGAUGUUCGCUCCGUGUGUGGCAUUUGCGGUACUCCCGUCGGGGAUCCAAUUGAAAUGGACCAUGUGCGCACGCGCAGCACUUCGUCGAGAGGUCCUGCAGGUGAAAGCGUUCACCACGCGCCCUCUGACCAGCAGCAGUCUGUUGGGAUCAAUGUCAGCAUUGCUAUUGCGCCAGCCGGUGGACCACCAGUUUCAAUUGGAAUUGCUGGUGGUGGGGCAUCCUCUAGUCAAACACCCGUUUCUUUUACCUUGACAAAUCGCCAUCCUACCAACGUCUUCGUUCAGAUUCAGCCAAAUGGCUUGGCUGCUCAAGGCCAGUCAACCAGUUCCGGCGAGGUGUUCAUUUCCGAAAGUGUGGUGCGUUGCCCCAUUUGCCUUCGCCUUGCCACCAAUCCCCGUGCCACCAGUUGUGGCCACGUCUUUUGCGACCUGUGCUUGCACCGCGCCCUCGACUACCGUACAAUUUGCCCCGUUUGCGGUGUGCCUCAGGAGUAUAUCAAUUCUCUACAAAUCUUUCCAUGAACAUAAUUUUAUAAGCUUUUGUUGCGAAUAAACUUGAA